AUGGAGAACCAUAACAUCAAUACCGAACAGUGUAUGCUCCGCCGUAAAAGGAGAAACGGGAGGUGGAGUAUGUGGAUUCAAAGUAUCUGCUCAAUCCAAUCUGAUGGAAGGACAAAUUGCAGAUGCUCAGAUGGUUAUCUGAUGGAAGGACAGGACAAAUUGCAGAUGCUCAGAUGGUUAUCUGAUGGAAGGACAAAUUGCAGAUGCUCAGAUGGUUAUUCUUUGUUCAAUCCAACUGACGCAUAUAGUGGCUGCAGACCAAAUUUCAUACUGGGUUGUAAUAGUAGUUCGGGGCAAAUCCACCAGGAGAACCACUUCAUGCAGGAGAUAUCAAACGUUAAUUUUCCAUUUUCGGAUUAUGAGGUGCUUAGCUCUAUUAGUAGGGAGAGCUGCAAAAAUGCCUGUUUACGUGCAGCAGUCAUUUUUGGUCCCCAUACAAUGCGCUGUUGGAAGAAGAGGCCUCCACUUUCCGAUGGGAAAGUUGAAUUUAAUGCCAUAGCUUAUCUCAAAACAGCUAAUAUCCCACAAAAGGACCAGAGCAUAGUGGUUUUUCUGCCAUCGUCGGUACUCUCAGGCCAUUCUGAGUUGGUGUAUUAUGUAAUUAUGAGUGCAAUACUUGUGGGUUCCUUAUACUUAAAGAGGAAGGUCCUUGAAGUUGAGGUUUCUCCAAAUGAAAGUAGAUUGCAGCAAUUUACCUACAAGGAGCUUACAAAGGCUACUAAUGGAUUCAAGGUAGAGCUAGGCAGGGGAUCUUCUGAGAUAGUUUACAGAGGUAAAACGAGAUCAACUGGUCUCAUUGCGGUCAAGAUGUUAGACAGAGUGUUUGAAAACAAUAACACAAAAUUCAAAAGAGAAGUUAACAUUAUAGGCCAAACAAAUCACAAGAAACUUGUCCGCCUAGUUGGUUAUUGUGAAGAGAAACGACAUAGAAAGCAGAUCAUCCACUGUGACAUAAAGCCUGGAAACAUACUUCUGGAUGAGAAUGACGAUGCUCGGAUUUCUGACUUUGGAUUGGCAAACCUUUUGCCUCGCAAUCAAAUCAAUACAAAAACCAAAAUCAGAGGAACAGAAGGGUAUGUUGCCCUUGAAUGGAUCAGGGCUGGGCCUGUGUCAGUAAAGGUUGAUGUGUAUAGCUUCGGUGUGGUGCUGCUAGAAAUCAUUUGCAGUCGAAGAAAUGAAGAUUUGGAAACUGAUGGGAAAUUUUUUAUAAAAUGGGUUUAUGAUUGCUGUUCGAAAGGGGAAUUAGGUGAUCUGGUUAAAAAUGAUAAGGAGGCCAUGGAUGAUAUAAAGAUGGUAGAGAGAUUUGUGAAGGUUGCCAUUUGGUGCGUCCAGGAUGACCCCCAUGUAAGACCCACCAUGAAGAAGGUUAUGCUUAUGCUUGAAGAAAUACUUCAGGUUUCAGUUGCGCCACGUCCAUUUUCGUCUUCUUCCAUAGAAAUUGAGGAUAUUGUUUCUGGGAUUUGA